AUGGAAACUUGGCUUGUUGCGAUACUGGACACCUUCGCCAACUGUGUGACCAUCAACAUCAUCUGCUUGUUUGGGAUUGUGGGUAACUGUCUGAACAUCACCGUGCUGUACAAGCACGGGUUCAACAAGUCGACAAACAUCAUCCUUCUAGCUCUGUCCAUCUCGGACCUGCACUUCACCAUCCUCCUCCCCGUCACCAGACUUAAAUGUAUUGUCGGCCACUUUAACGCGAAUCUGGCCGAAACCGUUGACACAUUUGCCACGGUGUAUUUUUUCAUGCCAAAAUUUGUCUGCCUUGGUUCGAGUUUUUACUACGUGGCUCUCAUUGCCGUGGAAAGAUUUGUCGCUGUGUUUUACCCAUUCCAAGUCUCCAAACUUUUCACCAAAAAACGCGUCCUGAUUCUCGUCGUCUGCAUUUUCUUGAUCAGCGUCGGGACAAUUUCCCCGACGUUUUUCUCAUUCCGUUACGUCUGGUUGUUUGACCCCGUGUCCAACCAGACGUUAGCUCACGUGACUUACACCGAGUUCUACGUGGCACGCCACGAGUUCCUGGACUUCUACAUGUGGGUGGGGAUGAACAAUUUUUUCUGCGCCGUCAGCAUGCUGAUAGUCUUCGUCUGCUGUCUGUCGAUCUGUCUCAAACUGGUGCGCGUGUCUGUCAAACGUGAACUGAUGACGUCAGGAGCCGUGGGCUUUGACGUCAAAGUGGUGAAGAUGUUGGUGACAGUGUGCAGCAUCUACCUCAGCGUGGCAGUGCCCACCAUCACCAUGUACACGUACUUCAAGCCAAACUUCAUCUUCGUCUCGCCCAUACAUAAACUGAUGAACGACGUUUGUGAUAUUCUCUACGCUCUUAACGCUUCGGUAAAUUUCUUAGUCUACGUCAGCAUGUCGCAAAAGUUUGCCAACACGUACAGAAAACUGUUCAGGUUAGGAAGCAGAUGA